AGGCCUGCAGUUGAAUACCCCUGCUUUAAAGGGCUUUGCUCCCCACUGUGCAUUGUUUGUUGAGCUGCAGAGUUUUAAAACUUUGUUGGAGAUGUCAGCUUGAACAUCUUUACUUGAACCCAUUCCCAGGAAAGAUCUUUCUUCCUGAGGGCUCGAUACCAAUUCACUCCAAAACUGAGUGAAUUCAGAUCCAAAAUAUCAAAGUUUUCUCCAGUUUGCCGUCCCUGGACUGAUGGAUGGACUUUCACUGGCACUCAUCAAAGUGCUGCACCUGACAAACCAGAGCUGUGCAGUGAAAUAACCUCGAUACUAGAAAGCGGCUGCUCUUUUUUAGCCGAAUGUGAUGCAGAAGAUGGCUCCUGCUGCCACCAUCGCUGUGUUUCUGCUCUGCUGCUGCUUCAUCGCCUCCACAGAUUCUCAGGAUGUUUGUGAUCUGUAUGCUGCAACAGGCACAAGUGUUACUGUGGCCCUUAAAUACACUUUGAAGGAAUCAGAUAACCUGAAAUGGCUCAAAGAUGCAACAGUAAUCUUUAUGCGCAGAAAUAAAAAGGUGAUCAUAGGGAAAAAUGAUGAUGUUGAUUCAACUGGAUCACUGAAGCUGACAAAAUUGAUGACAAAAAACAGAGGACGAUACACCCCAGAGGUUCAUGGUGCAGAAGGAGUGAGUGCAGGGGAUUUACAGAGCACGCGUUUGUGUGUAUUAGACCGCGUGCAGAAGCCCACAGUGAGGAUGAGGUGCACAGACUCCGACACAAACGUCACUUUUAAUUGCAGUGUUGGUCAGAAUGAGAAAAUUGAAUGGUUUAUGGAUGGUGAAAAGCUGGCAGAAAACGAGAGGACGCUGACGAGAGCAGCCAAAGACGUGGCAAACACCCGUUUCUCUUGCAAUGUUUCCAACGCCGUCAGCUUUGAAAUCAGUCUGCCUGUUCAACAAACGUGCUUUAAGCACUCCCCUGUGCAGAAACCUAAGGUGACGCAGAAUUGUACCGGCACGUCAGAAGUCACAUUUACUUGUACUGUUAGUCAGAAAGACAAAUAUUUGGAAUUUAAAUGGUUCAGUGAGGACAAAAAGUUGGAAAGAACAGGAGAAAUACUGACAGUGAAAGUCACAGAUGUGGGAAACACCCGUUUCUUUUGCAAUGUUUCGAACCCCGUCAGCUCUAAGAUCAGUGAUCCUGCUGUACAAAACUGCUUCAAUCCCUCUUUCCCUGAUGAAUUAUUUGGAAUUAGCAUCUGGGUUUUCAUCGGUGGAGGAGCAGGUUUUGUUCUGUUGGUGAUCGUCAUUGUCGUGGUUUGUUGUAUCUGGACCAGACGGAAGAAGCGUAUUCAAUAAAAGAUGGAGGAGAACUUUGUUUGCAGCGGCCUAGUCAAGAACGGCAACACCAUCAGCAGCAGCAGCAGUUGACAAAACCACUCUACACAACAGCGUGCCCGGCAAUGUCCCAGAGCCUUACAUCGCUGCAGACUGUGGUCUGAAUAGAGACAACAGGAAACAGGAUAUGAUAUAAACCCCAUCCAGCCUCACUGGUUGACGUGAUCUUUGCAGGACGCCCACAGAGUUUCAUUUCAUCACUGUCUGUCAGCUUCAUACUGAAUGCACAAACUGGGUUGAGUUCUCAAAAAUGUAGCAGAUUAAAGGAAACUAAUUUAACCAAUAAUCAUUAAGUGACUUGAUCAGUUAUGCAAACCUGAAAUAUCAGCUGAUUUUCAGUGACCUGUCAAACUAACACAACUGAUUAACUGAUGGAUUAUCUUGUUUUGUAGACACAGACCUUCAUAAAGAAACAUUGCUUAUGCACAUUUAGAGCCACUUUUCCCCAUAUUACCUUAUCAGCUGCAUGUUUUUACAUAUAUUACAUUCAUGUGAACAUAUUUGCAUAUUUUUAUACAAAAAAAUGUAUAAAGCACUUUUUUUAUAUAGAUUUACAAAAAUAAAUUGUUUUG